AUGCACUACGAGAAUUGGGAUGUACUGCUGUUUCCCGGCGGUGGAUCAGUGCCACUGAAGGAGUUCAGAACAGAUUGCUCUGUCAUCCCCGACUUUGAAUGCAAACCAGCACUUUGUUUGGGAUCUUUUAUCGGCCUGCCGGCUGUCCAUGGCUUCGUCCCCAGUCUUCACCGCAACAUGCCCCUCACGGUUUCCGUCUUUUCUUGGACAGUACCUCCAGUCAGCAACUCGAAUCAAGACGCCAAUCUCGUAGUUUUUGCAGCCCGAGUGUACAUCGAUGGGGAUCUCGUCGCUGAGGACGUGUGGAAUCAAAAUCAGCGAGCGCCUCUCACCAUCACUCAAAGUCUGAAACCGAACAAACAUGGUGACCGCGAUGUAAUCAGGUUCCCGGCGUUCAACGAGAGGUAUCUGCAAGAAAACGGCUGGAAUCCUGCCGCAUCUCUUGGCCGCAUCCAAAUUAUCAUCACGGAAGCGUACCAGCGCGACCCGACGACUUUGUCCCUGGACCCAAUCAAAAACAUCGCUGCGUUUUCUUUCUGUCACGCUCCACUAGGUCGGUAG